AGCGUGACCCCGCCGCGGCCCCGCCCUGUGACGUCAUCACGCCGCGCCCUCCGCUCCAAGAUGGCGGCGGCCGGGCGGGGCUGAGCGGGCCCGGGCAGCCCCGGUGUCCCCGCCAUGCUGCCCCGGGCCGCUUGGGCGGCUCUCCGGUAACACCGGGCGGCUCUCCGGUAACACCGGGAAGCUCUCCGGUAACACCGGGCGGCUCUCCGGUAACACCGGGCGGCCCCGCGAUGCUGCGGCGGCUGCUGGAGCGGCCGUGCUCGCUGGCGCUGCUGGUCGGGUGCCAGUUCGCUUUCGUGGCGUAUUUCUCGCUCGGCGGCUUCCGCAACCUCACGGCGCUGUUCGGUCGCUCCGCCGGUCCCGCCGUGGAUUAUUCGCGGACCCACGACGUGUACGCCAACCUGAGCCGCGUCGGCGGCGGCACCGGCAACGGGAAUGGCGCCGCAGCGACGCCCGACCCUGCAAGGCCGCUGCCGUUCUGCCCCCAGAGAUCGCCGUUCCUCGUGGGCCCCCUGGCCGUGUCCUUCGCGCGGGCGCCGUCGCUGGAGCAGAUCCGGGCCCUGAACCCGGGGGUGCGGGGGGGGGGGCGCUACCGGCCCCCCCAGUGCGAGUCCCGCUCCAGGACCGCCGUCAUCGUCCCCCACCGCAACCGCGAGGGCCACCUGGGCCACCUGCUCUACUACCUGCACCCCUUCCUGCAGCGCCAGCAGCUGCACUACGGCAUCUACGUCGUGCACCAGGCCGGGAACUGCACGUUUAACCGGGCCAAGCUGCUGAACGUGGGCGUGAAGGAGGCGCUGAAGGACGAGGACUGGGACUGCCUGUUCCUGCACGACGUGGACCUGAUCCCCGAGAACGACCACAACCUGUACACGUGCGACCCCUGGAACCCCAAACACGCCUCCGUGGCCAUGAACAAAUUCGGGUACAGCCUGCCGUACCCGCAGUAUUUCGGGGGGGUCUCGGCGCUGACCCCAGACCAGUACAUGAAGAUCAACGGGUUCCCCAACGAGUACUGGGGCUGGGGGGGCGAGGACGAUGACAUCGCCACCAGGGUGCGCCUGGCCGGGAUGAAGAUCUCCCGCCCUCCCGUCUCCAUCGGCCACUACAAAAUGGUCAAACACAAGAGCGACAAAGGCAACGAGGAGAACCCGCACAGGUUCGACCUGCUGGUGCGCACGCAGCGCACGUGGACGCAGGACGGGAUGAACUCGCUCAGUUACGCGCUGCUGGCGCGGGAGCUGCUCCCGCUCUACACCAACCUCACGGCCGACAUCGGCUGCGACCCCCGCGCCCGCGCCCGCCCCGGUGCCGCCCCCGGUGGUGCCCCCGGUGCCCCCGGUGCCAGCCGCUUCCGGCAGGAGAUGCUGCGCAAAGCGCCCCGCGAGGACCUGCCCGCGCUGCCGCCACUGUCACUGUCACUGUCACCGCCCCGCCGCGGCCACAACAACGGCAGCGCGGCCGCGCCCCGCCGAGAGGGGACAGUGACGGUGACAGCGACAGCGGGGGGGGGCAAUCAGAGCGUGGCAUCAGCCCUGCCUUGAGACCCCCCCCUGAAUGGACACCACAGGGGACACCCCCUGGGACACCCCCUGAGGGGACAGGGGCACCCUAGGGGGGACAGGACACUCCAGAGGGGACAAGGACACCUCAGUGGGGACAGGGACACCCCCGGGGCGGGGGGGGCACAUGGGGCUCUCUACCUUCCCCCCCUGGUGGGGUUUUGAGGUCCCCAGAUCAGUUUUGAGGUCCCCAGAUCGGUUUUGAGGUCCCCAGAUCGGUUUUGGGGACCCUGGCUGGGUUUUGGUGUCCCCGGAUCGCUUUUGGGGUCCCUGAUGGGGUUCUGAGAUCCCCAGAUCGGUUUUGGGGUCCCUGGCUGGGUUUUGAGGUCCCCAGAUUGGUUUUGGGGUCCCUGAUGGGGUUCUGGGGUCCCUGGCAGGGUUUUGGUGUCCCCGGAUUGGUUUUAGGGUCCCUGGAUCGGUUUUGGGGUCCCCGGAUGGGUUUUGGGGUCCCCGGGUUUGGGCUGGGGCACGCGGGUAUUUAUUGUAUUUAUCAGCCGCUCCCUGGACCUUUCUAAAGGGUUUUUUUUCAAUUAAAAAAAAAAUUCAUUUUGUCCUACA